GCGAAACUGGUCACACUGUUGAAAUGUUUUGAUUUUAUUCGAGCAGUCCGACAAAAUUUCUCCCGUCCUCGGCCGACGUAUCAGCUGGGGUGGCUGAGGAUGAAAACUAAACGAUUGCCUCUCCAGAAAAGUGCGCCUCGACCAAGGUGAGCCCUCAGAUCUUCGAUGACAACAAACCCGCGGCCCCUGCCGGAGAGUUCGUUCUACAAGAGCUUCAUGAGCCACUGGAGGUAGAACGCAAGGAUUAUGCUGCCGAUUCUGUUCACGGGCCUGCCCCGGCCUUCGGUGUUGGUGCUUCAGCUCGUGCAGCGGGAUCCGGCGGUUGUCGCACAAGAUCAGGCGGCCAAUGUCCUCGCAGAUUGGCGUCGAGCCCCCAGCUGCUGCAGCAUGUUCGUUAUGAUUAGGUUCUUGUCGUGGUCAACUUCGCUGUCAGUAACCAUCAUGCACAACAGCAUCCUGGUCCUGCAGGUCAAACAGCAUAUUUCGUACUUGAGUGGAUCGGACAUGAAGAAGAUGCCCCACAGGCCGAUGUCCUUGGCGCUGUGGCACAGAUUUUCCACGGCAAGCUUGGAUGUCCCUGCAAACAAGCGAUCCCACGAGCUGGAUAGCGUGUUGGCGACCAUUAGCGGAACAUUGUCCAGGUCGAUCCAGCCGCAAUCCUUGAUGGCACUGGCGAUGCGCGCCAGCGGUAGCGAAUCAUCCCAGAGGCGAAUCAUCCCAGAACCGGUGCAUUGAAAGAGGUCUUUCCGUCGUGAUAUAGUGAUAGAG